CGUUUUAUAUCCAUUAAUAAGGGCCCAGCGAUGUCUGACGCGUACAAGUCUUUACCCAGAGCGAUCGCGUCGACUAUCCCCCGACGCCCAAACUUCCGAGACUCGUGGUGUGAGAAGCAACCAACAUCAGCGAGCGAAAUCAGCUCGCACUUCAUAGACGAGGAUUGUCAGAACAUUGAGAAGGACGCAGUAAAGCGAAAAAGUGCUUUCUUCCAGUCUAUUAGUGACAAAAGAGAAGAAGAGGCCAUGAAGGCUAGAAGGGAAACUGGCCAGGUACGAAAAGUAGCUAGAAUUUUUGAGAGAAAUUCAUGUUCUGAAGUGAAUUUUACGGCCAGGGAGUCCAAUUUGAAGACUUCUGAUGAUAUGGAGAUCAUAAAGUAUAAAGUGAAGUAUCCGUACUGGCAAGGAAGUAGGGUGAAAUCUCAUCGACACACAGUCAGUAAUUUUCCCAAGUGGGAUGCUAUCUCUCAAGAAGGCUUAAACCCAAAUCUACUUGACCCGAAAAAUUCAUCUUUUUCCGACGAAAUUCGAGCUAAAGUUGGCCGAGUAGAUUUUAUAAAAAGAAGACUCCAAGAGUUGCAUAAAACCAACACAUCACCAGUACAUUCGUCUAGUGCAUUUAAUGAGGAAAAUGGAAAAGAAAAUUUCGAGGUCCCCGAGUUAGUCGAACGCUCUCAUUCAUCAAUCAAACCACCAGUGAGUCGAAGAACAAUUUUCAAUGAAGUGCGACCGCCAGUUGUUCAUCCUGCUACGAAUGGCGGAGAAAAGUACGACGCAGUAGAAAGAUCACAGCUCAAGAGGAGAGAAUCGGCAGGUGAAGUUGAAUUGGAUCUUGCGGGUGGUCAACCCGCACCUGAAACGACGCAUGUGUUCAGUGUUAAAUCGGAGUUGGUAAGGAGUGGUUGUGUUGUGACUCAGCUGCGACGCGAAGACUCGGACGAGCAUUCUAGUACGUUUUCCGACGAUGAUCAAGAAGCAAGUGAUGCUAGCACCUGCACAGUAAUUGAUACUAAAAAUGAUUUCAACUCGAAAAAUUUCGUGAGAAAUGCUAAUGUAACAAUGGUCGGAUCUGUUGACAGUUGUGCACCCCACGAUUAUAUACGCGGGCAUGGAACUGAUAACCAAGAUAUGGAGUUGCUAGCGAACUCGGAUCUUAUACCAGAAUCUGAAAAUUCCAUCAAGGUUCCCACUCAGCCCCGAAUAGUAGCAGCAGCAUUAAAAUCUUAUAGGGAUAUCCCAGAGGAAAUCUUCGACAGCUUACCAGAGAGCUCGGUGGACCCGGUGCCUGAUGAUAGUGUUGCGGCAGUUACAGUCCCGGCGACUAAAGACGACAUAGUCGAGACGAAUGAAGAGGCGUCACCGAGGCAGGUGCAGGACUGGGUGGUCAUGCAGGAGGGACGGAAGGCUCUCUUCGAAUCGUCCAUCCUGAGUCCGAGGUGGACAGGAACACAAGAUGACGCAGAAAGCUCGGACGGAUCGUCACUGUCAGGCGUCAGCGAUCCGACUCAUGCCGGGUUGAUGCAGACAUCCUUGACAUCGAGGGUUGUUGGCAGGAAUUUUGCUCUGAAACUGGAUUGUCCAACUCUGUCUUAUUUUCGUUCAGAAGAAUCAUCCAACUACAACGAAGAAAGCCCGCACGUCGAAAGCCCAUUGUCAGUUUGUACAGAUUCAAAUGACCACAAUACAAAUUCUGACGUCUGUUCACAUGGGGAAGAGUUGUCUGACACCGAACGUCAGCUAAGAAAAGCAGGAGUUUACUUUAGAUUCCCGCCAACAGCUUCAUCUCAGGCGGCCAGAAAGGUUACUCCUGCCACCCCAUCAACGUUGAACGAUCACGAAAAAGAAGUUAGUGACGCUUUACGCAACCUGGACUCGACAUUGGAUAACUAUUGCAGCUCUUCGGGCAGCAGCAGUAGCGACAACGGAGGUAGUCCAAUAAAUUUGAGCCACACCAAUGAAACACGAGUGACCGCACGUUAUAAACAAGAAGACAGUAGACCAGUGAUUGGUCACGAUAUUUCGUCUAACAAUCGUCGAAGUUUUGUAGAAGAAUUUGAUAUAGACCGUAUUAAAAGUUCUCGCUGGAAUGACAGAGUCUCCGAUGCGAGCAAGGCUACGGCGCACAGCAGAGCUACGGCCUCGACAGUUGAUCGCUGCCAGUCUGAUCGCGAGAGUGCCACAGGUCGCAGUGAAACGAGUGCCAGUCUCAGUGUCACUGAUCGAGAACGGCAUCAUCGAGGAAUAAGUAUUGGCUAUUCGUCUGUGGAUCAUAGAAGUAAAGUGAAUGGAAAUGAUACUAAGAAAGUGAAUGAAGAAAAACCUGUGCUUGUGAAACAAACUAGCAGCGGAUCAGUCAUGAGUGUGAAAACUAUCAAUGCAAACCAUAGUAAAUCGGUAUUAAGGCCUAACUGUAGGAGCGACGGACCAGUGGUAACCAUUGAGCCUUAUUGUGAAAGGAAUUCAAGCAUAAUUGUAGAUAAUGUAAACUCCAAAAGGAAAAGCGUGAACGAUAUCAGAAAUAAUUUUCACAAUACAAUAGAUCUUGAAGGGAACUUAAACCGCCAAACCAUAAUGGAGCCCCUGAAUUUGAUCGAAGAAGUCUAUGUGCCCGAGUCUUCGGUGGCUAUGCGCUCUUUUUUCCCGUCGAUGGAGUUUUCCAGUCGCUCUUCUGUGAAUAGAAAUAAAGUUCAAAAUAAACCAGUUGACUGUGAAAAGAGCGAAAAAUUGCACGGUCGCAGUGGUGACAGUGACAGUGGACAUGGCAGUGGAGCCACUAGUCCAUGUGGGACAUUAACAGACCCACCAUCACCUCCUCCAACGCCUCCCGACACGCGACCAUCUAGACUGCCUUCACAUGGGCACGGCGAUGAGAUUUCCAUCAACAACUGUUCUCCAGUCAGAAACGAGGAAGAAGUUCUUGUUUCCGUACCUGUUUUCGAGUCAGCUUCAAAUAAGCACGUAUCCAUCGUCAAUACAGCCUCUAAUGAUCCUAUGGCGGCUCGAGACUCGCCCCUUCGGUCUGAUUUACAGUCAUCUCCCGAUGGAUCUUCUCCGCUGAACGUGGACUCGGCAGUUGUGAGUCCGAACAAUGUACAACUGGGGGAAGUUACCGUUACAUCGGCUCAGCCAGAAUCUAAUCAUUUUGUGGUGGUGGCGAUUGACUUCGGUACUACGUACAGUGGCUACGCGUUUAGCUUCACCAGAGAUCCCGACAACGUACACAUGAUGAAAAAAUGGGAAGGAGGAGACCCUGGGGUUCAAAACCAAAAGACGCCCACAAUCGUGCUUCUGGACCCGGAAAGGCGCUUUCAUUCCUUGGGCUUUACGGCUCGCGACAGCUACCACGACCUCGACCCCAAGGAGGCAAACAAGUGGUUUUACUUCGACAAAUUCAAAAUGGAGCUUCAUGACGACCGAAGCUUGAGUCGAGACAGCCUGUUGUCAGCGGCCAACGGCCAGCAAGUCCCAGCGAUGGAGAUCUUCAGCCACGCGUUGGGCUACUUCAGGGACCACGCACUGCGCGAGCUGUCCGACCUAGCGGGCGGAGCGCUGGUCACUGAGCACGACGUACGCUGGGUCAUCACCGUGCCCGCUAUCUGGAGCCAUCCUGCCAAACAGUUCAUGCGCACCGCUGCUUAUAUGGCUGGUCUAGCAGACCCGAACUCUCCAGAGCAACUGCUCAUCGCGCUGGAACCAGAGGCGGCCGCCAUCUAUUGCCGGAAGCUUCGCAGACACCAACUAGUGUCCGGUAACAAUCCUGUUCUCCGUCAUACCCAUUCACCAUAUACACGACCAGUAUCAUCACCAUCAGGCUCCUGGCCUCAUCACUACCGCGCAAACAAUUCGGCGGAAUGUCGAAGCGAUCCGACCGAGGCCAACGAAUCCGGCGUCAAGAAGGGCGUUAGUCCCAGGCCGUACUCUACGAUCAACGCGUCUGCGUACAAGAAAACCAUGGCCGACAGCUUCCAAGAGCCAGACGAUGUGCUCGAUAUAAGUGAAAACGAAGUGUCCAUCUUACAAACUUCGUGCGCGUCGGAAACAGUCUCAGACUGGCUUGUCCAAGACACAGUUUACAUGGUUGUGGACUGUGGAGGCGGUACAGUUGACAUCACCGUCCACCAAAUGACCGACACCAAAGCUGGCCACCUCAAAGAACUUCACAAGGCUACCGGUGGUCCCUAUGGCUCAACAGGAGUGGACAAGGAGUUCGAGAAGCUCCUGGAGAAGAUCUUCACCGCAGAGUUCAUGACGGCGUUCAAGCAGCAGCGGCCCGCGGCGUUCGUGGACCUCAUGGUGGCUUUCGAGUCCCGCAAGCGCAACGCUUCCCCUCAUCGCAGCAACCCUCUUAACAUCGCCCUCCCUUUCUCUUUCAUCGACAUGUUCAAGAAGUUUAGAGGAAAAGAUGUUGAGUCGGCUGUACGUAAGCAUGGCACUGGUCUGGGUGUGCAGUGGUCAAGUCAAGGCAUGCUGAGGGUGUCACAGGAGACCAUGCGGGGACUCUUCCAGGACACACUUGACAACAUCCAGCAGAGUAUCGAGUCGGUGCUGUCGCUGCUGGAGCGAGAGGCGUCGACUGGAAAUAGCUCGGCUCUUCAGUAUCUGUUUCUAGUGGGCGGCUUCAGCGAGUCAGAGCUGCUUCAGCAGCACAUCAGAGACGCCUUCAGCCAUCGCGUCACAGUCGUGAUCCCGCAGGGUAUGGGCCUGGCGAUCCUGAGGGGAGCCGUGCAGUUCGGGCUGGACCCUGCGGUGGUGACGGUGCGACGCUCUCGUCUCACCUACGGCGUCGGGGUCCUCAACAGGUUCCAGGACGGCGUGCAUCCUGCUGAGAAGCGCGUGUUCGCGGCGGGCGCUGACUGGUGUGCUGAUGUCCUGGACGUGUUCGUGCGCGUUGAUGAGUCCGUGGCCGUGGGGGACGUCGUGAGUCGUUCCUACACGCCAGCCACCCUCGGCCAGUCGACUGUGGUGCUGCACUUGUACGCUACACACGAAACUAAGGCUAUGCAUUUUGUGUCGGACGCUGGAGUAGAGAGAGUGGGUACCUUGCUGCUGGACCUGAAAGACACUUGGGAGAAACCCUCGACGGAUGAGGAAUUCCAGUCACCGGAUGCACGUCCAGCCAAAGUGUGCUGUUGUUCACGACGCGACGAGGCGUUUCACGGCGAUGGCACAGAUGCUGGCAACUGUUCUGUAUGUGGUUCUUUUAGCUCUAAAAGUGAAACCCGAAAGAGCAAAAACAUUUCCACUUCUCAAAUAAGCAGUGCCCGGAGAGAGAUAAGCGUUCAUCUGAAAUUCGGAGGUACGGAAGUGAAGGCGUCGGCCGUUGAUCAUGUCACCGGGAAGUGUGUACGCGCAAGCUUUGAUUUUCUUUCCCUGUAAAAUAUUUAAAAAUUUUACUAUAUAAACUCGUUUUAGAUUCAAGAACCACCGAUGCUCAUAUAUAAAACAUAUAUUUAUUGAACACGGAAAACAUUCAUAUUACUUAAACGAGUCAUUUCAUUUUAUUCAGCUCGCUAUAAUUCAGUCUGAUAUGAUUGAAAGGAAUAAUUGCAUGGCUCUAAAUUUAGGUUUGAAUUUGAAUUCUACUUCUUCGGUUCAACAGAACUGGCCGUUAAUUAGUUUUAUUAUAAUAUUUUGUUUGUGUUAUCACAUGUAAAGCCAAAAUUUAUGUUGUGUUUUUGCCCAGCAUCACAAUUAUAUCCAUACAUUAUUAUUUGAAAAAGAAUAGUCAUACACAAAAUAUGUGUUAUCAUCGUCUGUCGUUGCUUGACUAUAAUCUGAGUUUCUGUGUAUGUAUUGACUCAAUAUAAUCUGAUAUUACCCCCAUGUAUAGACUCAACAUAAUCCAAUAUUACAUGCAUGUAUAGACUCAAUAUACUCUGAUAUUACCCGCAUGUAUGUACUUAAUAUAAUCUGAUAUAACGUGAAUGAAUAGACUCAACAUAAUCCAAUAUUACAUUCAUGUAUAGACUCAAUAUAAUCUGAUAUUACAUGCAUGUGUAGAACCAAUGUAAUCUGAUAUUACGUGCAUGUAUAAACCCAAUAUAAUCUGAUAUUACGUGCAUGUAUAGACCCAAUAUAAUCUGAUAUUACGUAUUUGUAUAGACUCAAUUUUAAUUCAAUACUUCAACGGAUAGAACCAUUCCGGAUAAUAAUACCGUAUUUCUGUACGUGUUCUUUAAGACAUUUUGCCAAAGAAUUUCUUUCUUAAAUAAGCUCAUUAAUUUUACUGUAUUUGUGUUAAACUAAGUAAAUAUUUGUAAAUG